CCAACUUCAUGCCUUGUGAGUGAGAGAGAGAGAGAGAGAGCGCAGACGCAAAUUUCCCAGAGAAAGCUUCGAACGCUUCGAGCGAGCGAGAGAGAGAGAGAGCGAGAGAGAUGGCGGCAGAGGAGGGGCAAGUGAUCAGCUGCCACAGCCUCGAGUCGUGGAACGAGCAGAUUCAGAAGAGCAACGAUCCCGGCAAACUCGUGGUUGUUGACUUCACUGCUUCAUGGUGCGGGCCAUGCCGUUUCAUAGCGCCCUUCCUGGCAGACCUGGCCAAGCGGUUCCCCAGCGUCCUGUUUCUCAAGGUUGAUGUUGAUGAAUUGAAGACUGUAGCACAGGAAUGGGCUGUGGAGGCGAUGCCAACCUUCAUGUUCGUGAAGUGCGGGAAGAUUGUGGACAAGGUGGUCGGGGCUCGUAAAAGUGACCUCGAGGAGAUGACUGUGAAGCACAUGACUGCCACAGCUUCUGCUUAGGCGUGCAAAAUAAAAUCCCACACUUUUGCUUUUCAUAAUAGGUUGCAAGCUUCUGCUUUGGGCGUAUUGAAUAGGGGUCUCCGGCUUUUCAUCAAUAAUAGGUUUGUGAAAGUGAAUGCUGCUCCUCAUAUCAUAUGGUCGUCAUCAGUAAUAUCGAUACUGGAUGCUUUGUGGCUUCAUUGGUUCAUGAACUUUAUAAGAAGGGGUGGGGUUAUGUUUUCUUAGAUCCGAUUCUCGUUCAUUAAAGGGUCAGCUAUAUAGCAUGAAGAUUA